CCGGCGGGGGGCGGGGAGGAGUCGCCCUUCGGCGCCCCAGGCAGCAGCCCCGCACCCAGCGCGCCGCCCGCCCGCCCGCCCCCCACGGCGCCCACGAGACCCUCCUCCCCCGCGGGCUGCCCAGCUUCCCCCCCCCUCCGGCGCCUCCGCCGGCCGCCCGCGCCGCUUCUCUUCUGCGUCCCGCCGGCGGAGAGAUGGUGGCGGAGGAGCCCCGUCGGGAAUGAAGGAGAAGCGGGACGCCCCCGUCGCGCCCGCCCGCCCGCGCACCAGCCGUCGCCACAGCAUCCGCGCCAGCGCCGAAGGACCGGUGAGCUGCGCCCCCAGGAGAGACCUCCCCCCCUUUCAACAUGGAAGUCCGGCUCGUGCUGCUCUUGGCGGGGAUCGUGGCGCUGGUGGACUCAGCCAGAGGCCCACCCAGAAUUGCUGAUAAAGUGAUUCACCGUCAAUCUGUGAGAUUAGGAAGAACUAUCAAGCUCCUUUGUCCAGUGGAGGGUGAUCCCCCUCCUCUUACUAUGUGGAUGAAAGACGGACGGACAAUUCACAGUGGAUGGACGAGGUUCCGGGUGCUCCAGCAAGGGCUGAAAAUCAAGGAAGUAGAAAGCGAAGACGCAGGGAUGUAUAUCUGCAAGGCCACCAAUGGAUUUGGCAGCAUGAGUGUGAACUAUACUCUCAUUGUGAUUGAUGAUGCCGGCACCGGAAGGGAGAGUUUAGUACCUGAAGGCCCCAACUCUGAUGCUGAGGAUCAUUCUGGAAAGCUGUGGGCUCGGCCUAGGUUCACUCAGCCAGCCAAGAUGAGACGAAGGGUGAUCGCCCGGCCUGUGGGAAGCUCCGUGCGCCUGAAAUGUGUAGCGAGUGGAAAUCCUCGGCCUGAUAUCAACUGGUUAAAAGACAGCAAGCCUCUCACCCAACAGGAGAUGGGUGAGAACAAAAGAAAGAAAUGGACGCUGAACUUGAAGAACCUGAAGCCUGAAGACAGCGGGAAAUACACCUGCCGAGUCUUCAACAGAAUUGGGGAGAUCAAUGCCACCUACAAAGUUGAAGUGAUCCAAAGAACAAGAUCCAAACCCAUUCUUACAGGGACGCACCCUGUGAACACAACAGUGGACUAUGGAGGGUCAACCUCAUUCCAGUGCAAAGUGAGAAGUGACGUGAAGCCCGUCAUCCAGUGGCUGAAGCGGGUGGAAUAUGGGACCGAGAACAAGUAUAAUUCGACCAUCGAUGUCGGAGGACAGAAGUUUGUGGUGCUGCCUACAGGCGAGGUUUGGUCCCGUCCAGAUGGUUCCUACCUGAACAAACUCAUGAUCACGCGAGCCAAGGAGGAGGAUGCUGGAAUGUACAUCUGCCUUGGUGCAAACACCAUGGGAUACAGCUUCCGAAGUGCUUUCCUGACGGUGCUGCCAGAUCCCAAGCCACCCAGCCCUCCUGUGGCUCCUUCCUCCACCAGCAGUCUUCCGUGGCCCGUCAUCAUUGGGAUUCCUGCUGGAGCAGCCUUCAUCUUUGGAACCAUCCUCCUGUGGCUGUGCCAAACCAAGAAGAAGCCCUGCUCUCCUCCAGCGGCAACCCCCGUCCACCGAUCGCACCCCCGGGAGCGGGUCUGCAUAGCCCAGGCCCCUGACAAAGACUGCCUGUCCUCCGUUAACUACGAGGAGUACAUUGUGCAGCAGCAGCAGCAGCAGCAUUUGCUGUCCCAAGGACCUGCCCUGGCCUCAGCCAUGGUUUCCAAAAUGUACCCAAAGACCUACACGGACAUCCACAGUCACACUCACUCCCACGUGGAAGGCAAAGUUCACCAGCACCAACACAUUCAUUACCAAUGUUAAAGAGCAGCCUCUGCCCAUCUUUUGCCUUCUGCUGCGGUAGGCAGACAGCUGUGAGUCAGCAGGCACUGCUAAGGUAGGGAACGAAACCAAAAUGAAACCAAACCAAAAACAAAAGCGUUUGGGAGACAGAUGCGGAAUGUGGGUAUUUGGCUGUUUUAUUACUGUGACAAGGGAUUAUGAAGGAAUUCCCAAAGGGCAAAGGCGACCUCUUGCACCCCUUGAGAAAGAAACCUCCGGCAUGAAAGUGAGAGAAGCCCACCGCUGCUUCUCUUUUGUGGUCAGCUCCUGGAAGUGCAAAUCCCAACGAACCUUUCUCUUUGGAGCCCCCCCACCUCCCAGGGAAUGAAAGCAAGGAGACACCAGAGGCCGAGCGCCCAAACAUCAGAGCCUUCCAAUGGCCUUCCAAAGAAGAACACUACCACAUUUGUUUGUUUCUAAGGGGGAUGGGAUAUUUUUAUUUAAAGUUGUGAAAUUUUACAGUGUUGCCUGAUAAUUAGGAAUAACUAAACUAGUGAUGACUUUUCACCAGAGGGGCUCUCCUGAAAAGGAGUCAGCUCUCUCGUCUCGACUGCCAAAAAUACAAAGAACGUUAUUCAGCUUGCUUUUAUAUUUAUAUUUAAUUAUUAUAAUGAUAAUAAUAAACUGCUAGAUUUUUAUGGAUACCAUGCUGCCCUUCCCAUAGGUAAAUCCCUGUUCGUGGUUAAUGGGGGCAAAUAUGUGGGCUGCGGAGUAGGCGCCCCAAGCAGGUUAAAGCCAGUUGGGAAAGAGAAUUAAAAAUGCAUCUCCAGAGAAACAUAAAUUUGCUGAAUGUGCACUUGUGGGGGGGGAGGGGUCAAUCUAUUUUGUCAAUUCAUGCAGUUUCUUUUCAACCUAGUUUCAAAGGAGAAAGGAACAACGUAGGACCAUAUGAAAUACCCAACUGAACUCAAAGCUAUUUUAGUCAAAGAUCUAAAAUCUUUUUUUAAUUCUAUACAGAGUUUAAACAGAAGACGUGUAUAUUAAUUUAUUUUGUUAAAACAAAAAAAGAGAAAAAUGUAUAAUUUCAUCAAGAAAGGCAUUUCUAUUCCUAUUUUUGAUCAAAAAUAAAGAUUUUGUUCAAUUUGAAUAAAUCCCACAAAUACAAGA